AUGGCUCACCAGAAGAAGGUCAAAAAGGUCAAAGGUUUUCCUAAAUUUACCAACAAAGAUCAUACCAAGCAGUUUCAGAGCUGUCUGUGCAGGUCUCCUGGGGGGAGAUCAGAGGUGAAGUCUGGGGUUCUGAUCAUGGUCAUCCUGUGCUGUGUCUGCAUGGCUGGGCUGAUAACUGUGGUACAUUCAACACUCCCAUUCCCCUUCUGCCCAAAGGUCACGGUCUGUCCUCACAUCACCCCCCCUGGAGUCUUCUACUCUUUUCCUGCAUACGUGGCGGACAUAUUCAGAGUCGCUGGUCGCUGUUUCAGUGCACUCUAUCCAGAGAUGGUGGAUGCUCUCAUAUUUCUUGACGCUUAUGGAUUCUUACCAACGGAUUUGAGUGCUCUGCUCAAAGUGAUGAGGCAGGGGAUUGAUGAGAUGCUCCAGUUUGAAACCAAAACAGAAGAGAAGAGAAGAGUUUACACUUAUGAGAAGGCAGUGGAGAGGUCUUUGGCUGCCAACCCGACUCUAUCUAAAGAGUCUGUGAACAUCCUUUUAAAGAGAGUUCUAGUUCAAGUUGAAGGAGCAGGAUUUGUGUUCUCCAGAGACCUGAGAGUUAAUUUUAAGAACACAGUGCACAUCAGUGUGGAGCAGAGUCUGGAGAUGCAGUCAAGGCUACAAGCUUCUGUCCUAGUUGUUCUGUAAGAUAUUCACUAUAAUGAUGUUAUCUUCGGGGCUGC